AUGGAGGCGGCGGCGGCGGCCCCGGGCGGCGGUCCCGGUCCCCUGCUGCUCUGCCUGGCCCUCGCCUCCGGCUUGGCCUUUUUCAGUUCCGUGGGCGCCGACGCCAACGUCACCGCGGGCCACGACGUGGAGGGGCUCGCCUGCGGCACGGCCGAGAGCUGCACGGGGAACGCGACGCAGCUGAGGCGGCAGGGUCACUUCUCCAGGUGCCCGGAGGAGUACAAGCACUACUGCGUCAAAGGGAGAUGUCGCUUCCUCGUGGCCGAGAAGGCGCCGGCUUGUGUGUGUGAGCGAGGCUACACGGGGGCUCGCUGCGAGAGGGUAGACAUCUUCUACCUGCGAGGUGAUCGGGGCCAGAUCGUGAUCAUCUCCUUGAUCGCCGCCACCGUCACCCUCAUCAUCCUCGUCGUCUGCGCCUGCCUCUGCAGUCACCACUGUCGGAAGCAGCGUAGGAAGAGAAAGGCAGAAGAGAUGGAGACGUUAAACAAGAAUUUGCCCUCCAAAAGUGAGGAUGUGCUGGAGACGGGCAUCGCGUGAAGGAGCUCCAGGUACCUGCGGGCGGGUCCCGGACGGCGGCACCGGCUGGCUCGAUGGGCGAGGGCUAAAACUUACCACGGCUUGAAUAAAAGGGGUGACGGAAAGG